AUGGCCUCAAGUGCUUCAAAGUUCAUCAAAUGUGUGACUGUUGGGGAUGGUGCCGUUGGUAAAACUUGUAUGCUCAUCUGCUACACCAGCAACAAAUUCCCUACUGACUACAUACCAACAGUUUUUGACAACUUUAGUGCAAAUGUUGUAGUUGAAGGCACCACCGUGAAUUUAGGGCUUUGGGAUACUGCUGGGCAAGAAGACUAUAACAGAUUAAGGCCUUUGAGUUACAGAGGAGCAGAUGUGUUUGUCUUGUCUUUCUCAUUAGUCAGCCGAGCUAGCUACGAGAAUGUUUUCAAAAAGUGGAUCCCUGAGCUCCAACACUUUGCUCCAGGUGUCCCUCUAGUCCUUGUCGGUACCAAAUUAGAUCUCCGUGAAGAUAAACAUUAUUUGGCUGACCAUCCUGGACUAUCCCCUGUGACCACUGCACAGGGAGAGGAAUUGCGUAAGAUGAUUGGCGCAACAUAUUACAUUGAAUGUAGCUCAAAAACUCAACAGAAUGUGAAAGCAGUUUUCGAUUCCGCGAUCAAGGAAGUGAUCAAACCGCUGGUGAAACAAAAGGAGAAGACAAAGAAGAAGAAGAAGCAAAAGUCUAGUCACGGUGGUUGUUUAUCGAACGUUCUCUGUGGAAGGAUAGUGACUCGGCACUGA